AUAAAAAGCCGAAUUUAGAUCAGGAUUAAAUAGCGAAAGGUGAAGUAGAAGCUGAAAUAGAGUCGUGUCGAGUGGGAAGAUGGCGUAGACGACUAAAACGGAUGAGUUUGUUGUUUAUCUGAAAUAAACGCUGAUGAAUUAAAAACUCAGCCGUCACAGAAGUGUCGUAUUUACACGAUCGUGUCUCUGCAGGUGAACCAACAGCUCCUCUGUCUCUUCGUUUACAUAUUGCUUUGGAUGUGUGUGUGUGUGUGUGUGUGUGUGUGUGUGUGUGUUUUGCAUGUUCAUAAUCACUGGUGGUAGUAGAACAAAGUUCCGCCCAUUCUGUCCAUAGCGCUGUACUUCCUGUAAAACACACCUGAGUAAAGCGCGCCUGUGAUUCGUCUCACUGGGGGUCAUUCAUGAGUACGUCCGGCUCGGUGUAGCAGUCAUGGAUGACAUGGCCUCCGUGGGGAAAAUUAGUGCCUCCUCUGACUCGGUGUCCACCCUGAACAGCGAGGACUUUGUCCUGGUGUCCCGCCUCGGGGACGAGACCCCGUCCACUAAUAACGGCAGUGACGAUGAAAAAACAGGCCUGAAGGUGAUUUCUGAGGAAGGGGUCAGCUUUAAGAUUGUGGGGAACGGCAGUGAGCAGCAGUUGCAGAGGGAGCUCGAGGAUGUGCUGAUGGACCCAUCGGUGGCAGACGUGACUCCCGGAUCGGACCACGUGGGCGGGGGGGAUCUGAGCUACCCCACCACUGCGGCCCCACGUCAUCCCUGUCCCGCACCCCCAAAACUGGAGAUAGUCCUGCCCGUUCAUGGAGCUCAACAGGAUGACGGCUCGGUGAUGAGUCCGGGGACGCCGCUGCUGGACGAGGACAGCGUGGUGUUCAGUAAGCUGACGUACCUGGGCUGUGCGUCGGUUAACGCCCCCCGCAGUGAGGUGGAGGCACUGCGUAUGAUGAGCAUUCUCCGCAGCCAGUGCCAGGUGCCGCUUGACAUCACCCUCUCCGUACCUGGAGUAUCCGAGGGAACCGUCAGGUUGUUGGACCCUCAGAGCGGGACCGAGAUCUCUAACUACCCCAUCUAUAAGAUCCUGUUCUGUGUUCGGGGUCAUGACGGGACACCAGAGAGCGACUGUUUCGCCUUCACAGAGAGCCACUACAACGCCGAGAUCUUCCGUAUCCACGUCUUCCGCUGCGAGAUCCAAGAAGCGGUCAGCAGAAUACUCUACAGCUUCGCCACAGCCUUUCGGCGGUCGGCCAAUAAGGCGUCGCUCUCGGCUCAGGCUCCGCCCCUCACGCCGGACAGCGACGUUUUCACCUUCACAGUCAGUCUGGAGAUCAAAGAGGAUGAUGGGAAGGGCACCUUCAGUGCCGUGUCGAAGGACAAGGACCGACAGAGCUUCAAGCUUCGUCCUGGGAUGGACAAGAAGAUCGUCAUCUACGUCCAACAGACGUCUAACAAAGAGCUGGCCAUCGAGAGGUGUUUUGGUCUUCUCUUAAGUCCAGGGAAGAAUGUGAGGAACAGUGACAUGCACUUGCUAGACCUGGAGUCGAUGGGGAAGAGUUCAGAUGGUAAAUCUUACAUCAUUACAGGGAGCUGGAAUCCCAACACUCCUCAAUUUCAGGCUGUCAAUGAGGAGACGCCUAAAGAUAAGUUCAUGUACAUGACGACAGCGGUGGAUCUAGUGAUCACGGAGGUGGAGGAGCCGGUGCGCUUCCUGUUGGAGACGCGUGUGAGGGUGUGUCCUCCCACUGACCGGCUCUUCUGGCCUUUUAGCAAGCGCAGCUACACUGAGACCUUCUACUUAAAACUGCGACAGCUGGAGAGGAAGAGUAACACGGACACGCUGUACGAGGUCAUGAGUUUGGAGAGCGAGACCGAGAGAGAGAAGAAGAAAACGACGGCGAGUCCCGGCAUCCUGCCCUCCGCUUCACACGGUUCCAUGGCGCCCUCGCCUCCUGAGGAUGACGAGGAGGAAGAUAACGACGAGCCACUGCUGAGCGGUUCUGGAGAUGUGUCUAAAGAGUGCGCUGAGAAGAUUCUGGAGACGUGGGGAGACCUGCUGUCCAAAUGGCACAUGAACCUGGCUGUACGGCCCAAACCGCUCCCCGCGCUCGUCCGCAGCGGCGUCCCCGAAGCCCUCAGAGGGGAGGUAUGGCAACUCCUGGCUGGUUGCCAUAACAACGACCAUCAGGUGGAGGAGUACCGCACGCUCAUUACAAAGGAAUCACCUCAGGACAGUGCCAUUACUCGAGACAUUAACCGCACAUUUCCAGCACACGACUACUUUAAGGACACAGGAGGUGACGGUCAGGACUCGCUGUACAAGAUCUGUAAGGCCUACUCUGUGUACGACGAAGAGAUCGGCUACUGUCAGGGCCAGUCCUUCCUGGCUGCCGUGCUGCUGCUACACAUGCCAGAGGAACAGGCUUUUAGCGUUCUGGUGAAGAUCAUGUUUGACUACGGUCUCAGGGAACUCUUCAAACAGAACUUUGAAGACCUACACUGCAAGUUCUUUCAGCUGGAGAGACUCAUGCAGGAAUACAUUCCAGAUUUGUACUCGCACUUCUUAAGUAUAGGUUUGGAAGCUCACAUGUACGCCUCCCAGUGGUUCCUCACGCUCUUUACAGCCAAGUUUCCUCUCUACAUGGUGUUUCACAUCAUCGACCUGCUGCUGUGCGAGGGAAUCAGUGUCAUCUUUAAUGUAGCUCUGGCUUUACUCAAGACGUCGAAGGAUGACCUUCUGCAGGCCGACUUUGAGGGAGCUCUGAAGUUCUUCCGUGUGCCCGUGCCCAAACGGUACCGCUCCGAAGAGAACGCCAAGAAGCUCAUGGAGCUCGCGUGUAGCAUGAAGAUCAGUCAAAAGAAGCUGAAGAAGUAUGAGAAAGAGUAUCACACGAUGCGAGAACAACAGGAACAGCAAGAGGCCCCCAUCGAGAGAUAUGAGCGGGAGAACCGGCGUCUGCAGGAAGCCAACAUGCGUCUGGAGCAGGAGAACGAUGAUCUCGCUCACGAGCUGGUCAGCAGUAAGAUCUCGCUCAGGAAGGACCUGGACAACGCGGAGGAGAAGGCCGACGCCCUAAACAAAGAGCUCCUCAUCACGAAACAGAAACUGAUCGACUCGGAGGAUGAGAAGAGACGGCUGGAGGAUGAAGCGGCGCAGCUUAAGGAGAUGUGCCGCAGAGAGCUGGACAAAUCGGAGUCAGAGAUCAAAAAGAACGGCUCCAUCAUCGGAGAAUACAAACAGAUCUGCUCCCAGCUGAGUGAACGACUUGAGAAGCAGCAGACGGCUAACAGAGGAGAGCUGGAGAAGAUCCGGAUGAAGGUGGAGGGCUGUGAGAGGUGCAGCGUGCUCUUCAGUAAAGAGGGCCGUCUGAAGGCUCUGAGCGUUCCUAAAGAGCUGAACGAGGACGAGAACGACGAGGAGAAAGAAGCUCUGCAGGUGCAGCUCAGGGAGAUGGAGCUGGAACUCGCUCAGACCAAACUGCAGCUGGUGGAGGCCGAGUGCAAGAUCCAGGAUUUGGACCACCAUUUGGCUCUGGCGCUCAGUGAAGUGCAAGCGGCUAAAAAGACCUGGUUCAACCGAACUCUAACCUCCAUUAAGACGGUGACGGGAGCUCAGGGCAAAGAGACCACCUAAAAAUCAUCUCUCUCUCUCGUGCUCCCCCUCUCUCUCUCUCUCUCUCUCUCUCUCUCUCUCUCUCUCUCUCUCUCUCUUUAUGGAUCAGUGUGGUGAACCUCACGACACCCAAACGAACCAUUUAUUUUUCCCUUUUUUGUAAAAAGAUCCAGAUCUUUGCAUAGAGAGAAAACAAAACACACAGAAUAUACUAAAGCAGAGGAGGCUUUAGCGCUAGGCUUUAUACUACUGACUCUCACACACACACACACACACACACACACACACACACACACAUUAAUACCACACUCAAGCUACUGUUCUACUCCAGACUACUUGCACAAAAUAAACCCACAAACAUCAACAAACUAACAGCCUUCUUUUGGGAAGAAGACGAGCUUUUCUAAUUUCCGUUUGAUGAUGAAUUUCUGUGAGCUUACAUGAUUUAAUAUGUUAGACGUGUGUGUGUGUGUGUGUGUGUGUGUGUGUGUGUGUGUGUGUGUGUGCACUAAAGGAACCUUGUGCCAUUGACUGUGAGUGACCGUACACGACAGUGAUUUUCAUCAUGUAGGAAGAGGGACAAGGUAAAGAAGCACAUUUUUAUUUAUAUAUAUAUAUAUAUAUAUCUCAAAUAAAUAAAAGUAAUGGCACCCCUCUUUUGUUGGCGAAGUACACUAAAGAGAGGAGCGAUGGUCGGAGGGAAUGAAAAACGGAGACCUCUGUUGAAGAGAAGCAUCUCCUUUUUACCAUUAAAGCUGCCAUCAGUGAUUUUAUAAAUAUUCAUCAUUUAUAACAAGAUUCAUGUUUAUAACACAUUCACGCAGAGGCUCUGGAACCCCCGGGUUCUCGGACUGUACGUGGGGAGGAUAGCAGACUGGGAAAGUUUAAUCAAAGUGGACCACUAACAUCCAACCAAUCAGGAAAAAGUCUGCGUGCGAAGUCCAGUCAAGGAAAAGCUCCGCCCCUCUCGCAGGCAUGUUCUGAUGGUGCGAUUAGUUUUAAUCGGCGGGUACACCUUUACGCUCGCUGAUACACACAUUAAUGAGGGAACGCUAGCACGCUAGUUCCAUCCCUUUUUCUUAGCAUUAGCAUUAGCAUUAGCAUUAUCGUCGGUGGAUGCGGUCUCGUCAGAGAGCUGCGUCCUGAAGCACUUAUUUAGCGCGUGUAUGAGAGACAACGCUCACACACACUCUCACAGGCAUGCUUGUGCGUGUGCACGCGUGUGUGUGUGUGUGUGUGUGUGUGUGCGCACAUAAAGGCUGUGUAAAGAAACACUCUGUGGGUUUUUUUUUUUUUUUUUUUAAGUUUUUGCACCUUACAGACAUAUUUAUAACAGAAUCUGUCUUGCUCAUGUCACAGGAAGCCCCUUUUUUUCUUCUUCUCUCUAAAUAAAUAGAUAGAUAAAUAAAUAAAUAAAAGCAGGGGUCAUUCCACGAGGCACUGGCGGAUUGUACAUAAGAAGCAUUAAAGGUUUUUGUUUGAAUGUAAUGUUUUAUUUUGUAUUUCUACUCCAUGGUAACGUUACUAAUGUUGCCUCCUUGUAUACGUCGCUUUAAAGUUCUGUCUUUAAUGUCAAACUGCUGUCUCUCAUCUAUUACAUGCCAAAAUUUAUCCUCGUCCAGCAUUAUUAUUAUUAUUAUUAUUAUUAUUAUUACUACGUGUGUCUGUAUGAACAUGGUAAUAGUGUAGCUGCAUUGUGUAUACUUCAUCAAUUUCAAUAUAAAGCUACCAAACACAAAUAUAUCGCCUGUGUGUGUGUGUGUGUGUGUGUGUGUGUGUGUGGAUUUAUUCUCUGCGUACGUGUUUAAGAAGGUAUUAAAGUGUGCACGUUGUUCAUGGGGUGUAGACGAGAAGGGGUUCAAAAUGAAAAAGGCACCGCGGGUUUACCCUUUCAUGCAGUCGGUUUCAAGACCAAAAAAAAAAAGACAAUAAAUCCAAAUGAAGUUUAAAAAUUAAUAAAUUAAAAAAACGUGGGUCAGAUCAUAACUCAACCUUUGUUUUUUUUUUUUAAAACGAUAUUUUCUAUACAUUUGGUCAGCAUUGAAUAUUUUAAAAAAAUUUACGUAAUUUAAAUGCAGAAAAAAUAUAUGAUUCCAGGUAUUUAUACACGCGGACGAUCUGUUCUGCUUUUAUUGAAAUUAGUGAUCUUUAAAGUGAAGUUAAAAUUCGUCUUUAUGGCGAAACGAAUGAAAACGGACCGAUUUUUCGGAAUAAUUUGUGUAUGAAAAUGUAAAUUUGUUUACAGUGUGAAUAGAACCUGACGAUGGCGUAGAGAAUUAAUUCUCGAGUCGUUUACGUUUUUUUAGCUGCCAGUUUUUCGAUAAGAGUCUAUUAAUAACUUCAUCAGCGGACGUGUUCAUCGUUCGAUGUUACCGUCUUCACGUUUGCUCCGAAGCGCCUCGUAACCCCCGUACCCGUCCUCGCCGAUCAUCUCGGCGAUGUUUUUCCUCCUCUCCGAUCAUCAGGUACGUAUCUUGGCACCUCUCUUACACGCCGCGUCACGUACGCUGCUCUAGCUACGAUUUUAAUCUUUUCUGCUUUUCUAAAAAAACGAAUCCUUCUUACAGAUGCCUUGGUGGUACGGAGAUCCUCACCGUCACGUCAUCUAGACGUCCUUCCUUUCAUCGGGUGAGAUACGAAGCGUGACCUCGUCCAACACGUUCACACGUUCAGAUCACGUCUAUACCGUUAUUUAUUUAUUCUGACCCCCCACCCCCAUGUAAUUCCGGAUACACGCCAUUGCCGAUGCUGAUGUGAGUUGAUUAGGAAUGUCGUGUGUUAGCUAGCUGCUUUAGUUAGUUCGUAUGGAGUAGCGUUCGAGCGCGUUUUCACUGCGUCGUAAUUCCUCGUUGUCGAUGACCGAGAGCGACCGAUCGUCAAGAACAUCAUCAUCUCCUAGCGUCGUGUGAUGAUGACGACGUUUUAGAUGUUUUAAGAUGCUGUAGUUCCUCGUCUUGCUUUGUUUCGAUUCGUGAGUGCGUUUACGUACGCUAGGUUUACGCCACUUGGUAUCGGAGCUUGUUUCACGUCCGAGCGAACGAGUGUGAGAUCAGAUUGAUAUCAGUAUGUGUCUCAGUAGUGAUCAGCACAUUUUACACAGCUGCCUCCAAAGCAGUCAGGGUGUGCGUGUGUGUGUGUGAGAGCUGAUGUUGGAAUGCGGUACGAUCCUGUUACACUCGUACGUCAGCGCUGUGCAGUCGGACCCUGAGAGUCGGUGUGUCACUCCGUCUCACGUUAUAAACUGUGAGUGCGAACGGUAACGGAUCUGCAGGAGUAGAGUAUCUCCGGGGCUAAAAACAGACCGAGACCCCGCCCUGUGUCUGUAAUGACUUUAACACACAGCUCUCGCCGUGUACGAGUCGGUUCCGUGCGUACCAUCGAGGGCGUUGUAACCGGGUUCUCGUACGUUCUGCGUCUCUCGGGUUCGGUGAAACCCUACACUGUUCGAGAAGCUCGUGUCACCGUGUCACGAUGCCAGCCCUGUCAUCAUGCACGCCACGGAGUUUUCUAGAAACGAAGCCUUUAAUCACGUUUCCUCCAGCGUGGGGAGGACGAGGGGGAGGAGCUAAAGCCGGGCUUAUGGUCUACAAUGUUGGUACAGUUUAUACAAUAAUUUACUGAAAGCUUUGUUUAAAUAGUGUUUCACUGAGAUAAAGUCCAGCGCUGGCGUGGCGUGGCGUGGCGUGGUUGCUUGGUAACCGUACAGUUUGACGUUCUGCAUCAGGAGUUAUCUUUACAGCGCGAGCACCUUUAGUGCCUGGACCUGCGGUUCCACUGGAGCGUGGAGUCGUACAGCGUACGCCUGCUUUAACGCGUUCUUCGUCCCCAAUCUCCUUCUCCGAGGGCGUGAUGACGUCCCAGAGAUCAGUGUCUCUCAGAACAUUCCGGACAGACACAAAAACACACCGCAGAGCAGAAUGGUUCAUAAUCAGUACGUUUUUAUUUCCUUUAAAAAAACAAAAAACA